GCUUUGCCACAUCCGCCCAGCCCACAUGUUCUGUUGGGAGUGCUGCUGGCGCUGCUGUCGUGUGUGUUCGUGAGUCAAUUGUUGCGCGGCGCCUCAGUUCUGUGUUUUGAUGGUUUCUCGUUAAUUCAAGGUCAGUUUGAUAUGGCUGUGCCGUGCCUGCCGUGGACAGCAUUACUACAAAGGGGGCACCAACGGAGAGAUACUAUGCUCAAAGGAAGACCUCUGUGUAUUGCUGCAGCUCUGGUUGUUUUGGCAGUGAAUGCACAUUGCCAGCAACAGGCUGUCAUUGCAGUUGCUGACCAGGAAGUAUCUCAAAAGAAGAAUGAGAAAGAAAACAGCAAACCUGAAGAGAACCCAACAAAACAGUUUCAAGCCACAAAUGAAUGGAAAGAAGUUAAGCCAGGGGAAGCCAUACCGGCUGGUCUGCAUGUGCGAAUGAAUUUAGCAACAGGCCAUGCUGAAGCAAAAUUAAUGGAUGAAGAUGAAGCGAAGGAUGCGAAACAAUCCCAGAGCUCUGGCAACCAGGAUAGCCGUUUACUCCUGGAGCAAGCUAAAGCCGGGCCUUCCAUAACACUUUCUGAAAAGAAGGACCUACCGUGGAACAUGGAUGACCUGAAGAAGAAGAUGUCAAGCUUAAAGCUGGAGGCUAGGUCUGAGUCAGAAAUUCUUUAUAACCUGCUGGAUAACUACCGCAAUGCCACUGAAGCAGGGAAGGAAGCUCUGUUGAGAGAUAUGGAGUUCCUUGUUCACCAGUAUGACAGAGCUGUGGACUUUGUGAAGAUGGGUGGCCUUCUCGCCAUUAUACCUGAUCUAAACUCCACAUCUGACACUGUCCGUGAACUGGUGGCGCACACCCUUGGCUCGGCAUUACAAGGGAACCCGAACGUUCAAAGGUCUGUGCUGGGCCAAGGGCUUUUGCCACAGCUACUGCGUCUCAUUGUGCUGGAUUCAUCGGCACGAGUACGACUGCGCUGCCUUUUUGCACUGUCAUGCCUGGUGCGCCAGCUCCCAGAGGCUCAAGAAGCCCUGCUCCACCAUGGUGGGCUGACCGUGCUUGCAGGUCUCUUCACUGCACAGGACAGUUCACCCAAGUUGCAGCUGAAGGCAGUUACACUCUUGCAUGACCUGGUUGUUGAGCAGCGCUUGAGGCAUGAAUCUGGCCAGCCAACUGACACAGAGCUGAUACAGAGCGUCCAGCUGCAUGGAUUCUGCAGCUUGGUGCCGCGGCUUCUGCACAGCUCAGACGUAGAUGUUCAGGAGAAGGUGGUGCAAGCCAUGACUGCCCUUGCCGAGAUGUGCCUAGAAGAGUUCCAGAGGCAUGUGCCAGCACUGCGAACUCUACUCAAUAACUACCAGAGGCAAGCACAUCAUGAGCACUUAUCUGCGGAUGCAGAUCAUGCAGCUGACUACUAUGAGGGACUGCUUCAUUCUGUGACACAACUCUUGGACACCUUACACCGGAAGCAGAAAGAUGAAUUGUGACCUGUCCUCUUGACUGUAAGAUUGUGGUGGCAACUUUGACUGUGAUAAUGUCUACCUAGGUCCAAAGUGUGACUCUAAGUCAACUGAGGUGUUUCCUCUAACUCCUUUUAGGUGUAUCUGUGACACACCAGUGACUACUCUCCCUGUUUCAGUGUCGAGGUUUUUAUUAUUGCUCUGAAUGCCAUUGAUCUGUCAUUGAUCUGUCAUAGUCUGUGAUCAGGUUUGAAAGAAAGUGCUGUCAUGUCUCAACUUGGCGUGCUUUCAAACACACCUGGUCCAGUUCGCAUGUUGCAACCAGACAAUAGAGCAAUCAAAUGUGUAUAUUUUUCUCGCAUGUGGGCUUUCAUGCUUGUGAUGUCUCUUGUCAUUAGCAGCAGAAAUACACAGGCACCAAUAUCUGGCCAGAUGAAACUGUCUGUAAGUUGUUAAAAUAAUACACUUUAACAAACAAGCAUUUUAAGAUGCAGGAGAGUGCACCUACAUGGGAAGAACUAAACUACACAGACAGUGUUGCAGCUACACUUUGAUGAAGCCUCAAUUCAAAAACACGCAUUCCUGUGCAGUGGAAAAAAAAAAUAUUGUACCAAAGACUUGUGCAGAAAAAACUUUGCGUGAGAAAGCAGGGCAUUCUUUUAUAAAAUAAGGAAAGUUGUGGCAUCAAAAAAGUUUCAUUGUAUUAAGAUGGCUAUUUGGUCUUGGAAGCAAGAGGGCACAGUACUAGUUGUCAUUGACGUGCUAACUAGCCAAAGGGCAUUAGUAUUUUAUUACAGUCUUUUUAAGACAUGUUAAUACUGAAAAAUUGAAGGCAGUUAUUUACCAAUAUGGGGUACAUUUAAAAUAACUCAUUAAAUUGACCUUCUAGUCGGUGGGGUCUCAAACGUGCUCUUGGGACAAAGUCACAGUAGUGCAAACAAUCAAAAGGGCAUUUAUUGCACCUUUCAUACACUAAUACACACUAGCCGAAUUACUACCAAUAGAACAUUCACAUGGGCGCGCCACAAAUCAAGGAAGUCCGACUCACCGCGACCCAAUAGCGAGCGAAUAUGUUCGCCCCAUGCUGUGACACCAUCGCCUAGUCGUUCACGUGUACGGUCACGCGAAUGAGUUCGAACGAUCCGUGUUCGUCCAUACCGGUGUCCUGCUCUUAGCCUCGCGAGACGGUCCCACAAAGCGGGCCGCGUACACGCGAAGUGUUCGUGCGUGUUGGUCGCCGAUCCCAAGCCAAAGAGGAAGCGCCUUCUUCCUUUUGCGCCCAAGUCACCCCGCCGUUCGGUGGCGUUAGCAUCGCGAUACUCGCGCCAUCUCUCGCAAUGUGCUGCAACCACCACGACCGCUGCCGGCGCUUAGCCACGCGGAGAAGCCGGAUUACAGGAGAUGCGAGCUAUGCGGGGAAAACAACAUCAGGGGACGCGUGAGAGUCGUGCAUCCCCACAAGUCAAAGGACAGAAGUUGAGCACAGAAGAGACAAACACAACAUGGCUUGUGCAAUCUCUGCCUGUUUAAGGGUUUACACAGCAUCCAUUAUGCAAUAGUACCAACCGAGUUGGCAUUCCACCUUUAUACUCCUAGUUAUACAGCUACUGCGCUGUGUGAAUUCACUCACUUUUUGUCGAGCUCAGCUGAUAUUUGUUCAUUUAAAUUGUCAAGUUAAGCAACUGUGAUGCCAGCAUCUGCUCCAUAUAUUUAAAAAAAUGCUUGUGUUAGGGAACUUUAAUUAAUGUGCCAGUCAUGGAUUGCCUUCUGCUGUUCAAUAUAUUCGUUUAAUGUUUCAAUAAAUAGGUAAUUUAAAGCUA